CCGUCUAGUUGUUUCGCUUGUUGGUGCCUACAGCUCUUCUGGCCGCGUGUCGUCGUUCGCAAGCUUCUCAACAUCACCGCCAAGGACUCCGACUACAGCGCCGACUCCGACUCCUGCUCCGGCUCCGACUCCGAUCCUCCUUCCGAUUGCGAAGAGAUUGGUCAAGGAAGAAGCAGAGCCGCGUCGAGGUUUGAGCCUGACAAUAGAGAAGACGACGCCCAGAUUGAUCCCAGUGAUGCACUUCCGAGGUCAAGGAGACGGAAGUCAGAGACUUUUAGGGCACAGUACAUAAAUACGAAGGAGCUCAGAGUACGAGUUGCUACAUGGAAUGUUGGAGGCAAAUUACCACCAGAUGAUCUGGAUAUUGAUGAUUGGGUUAAUACUCAUGACCCUGCAGAUAUAUAUGUACUCGGGCUUCAGGAAAUUGUACCAUUGAAUGCUGGGAAUAUCUUUGGCGCUGAAGAUAAUAGACCAGUCACUAAGUGGGAAAAUAUUAUACGGGACACUCUAAACAGAAUUAGACCGAUGAAGACAAAGGUUAAAUGCUAUAGUGAUCCAGCAUCUCCAUCAAAAUUUUAUCCAUCUGAUGAGGUUCCAGGUGUUGAAGAAGAGCUUAUACUCGAAAGCAAUAGUGAUUUCGGAGAGGAAGUUCAUCCUUUGGAUGAUGAUUUCUAUGACAUUGAUGAAACGAAAGAUAAGUUACGCUUUUGCGAUGGGCACAUGGGUACCAUAGAUGAAGAAGUGGACCUGGAAAGGCAAACUUCUCAAAGGAGAUUAGAUCGAAUGAAUUGCAUUCGCGACGAGGAUGAAUCACCAGAAAAUUUAGAGGAAUCUGGGGUACACCAGCAACAACAAUGUAGAAUAUUGACUAGAGUGCUAAGUGGUUCUGAAAGGAUUGGUUUGAGUUGGCCCGAGCAACCACUGAACCUGCUGUCUCAACAUGGUUUACAGAGACCAGGCUCCUUCAAAUCAAUAAAAUCGUUUACUGCGACCAAGUCCUUUGGAAGAUACAACUCUUUCAAGUCUGUGGAAAAUGAUAUGAAAUCAGAGUUGGCUUUGCUCACCGAGAUUGACCUGGAAUCGCUCUUGAAACGUAAGAGAAGAUCUUCUUAUGUGAGGAUAGUUAGUAAGAAAAUGGUUGGAGUGUUCGUCACUAUAUGGGUUCGUAGGAGCUUGCGCAAGCAUAUUCAGAAUGUCAAAGUUUCGACAGUCGGUGUUGGUGUUAUGGGCUAUAUUGGCAACAAGGGAUCAGUAUCAGUGAGCAUGUCUGUAUACCAGACGCCUUUCUGCUUCGUUUGUUCCCACCUGACCUCUGGCGAAAAGGAUGGAGAUGAGCUCAAAAGAAAUGCUGAUGUGUAUGAAAUACACAGAAGAACACAUUUCCAUUCUGUUUCAGGGAUUGGGCUUCCUAAAAGCAUCAAUGAUCACGAAAGAGUUAUAUGGCUGGGGGAUCUCAAUUACCGUAUCAAUUUGUCAUAUGAUAGAACACGGGAACUUAUUGCCAGAAAGGAGUGGUCAAAACUAGCUGAAUACGACCAGCUCACAAAAGAACUUAGAAAAGGCCGUGCAUUUGAUGGAUGGCGAGAAGGUAAACUAGGCUUUCCGCCAACAUACAAGUACGAACUCAACUCGGAUAGAUACUACGGAGAGGAUCCAAAGGCUAGGAGGCGUACUCCUGCAUGGUGUGACCGCAUUCUUUCGCAUGGGAAAGGAUUCAGGCUCUUGAACUAUAGGAGAACCGAGCUAAAGUUCUCCGACCAUCGACCAGUGACUGCCACAUUCAUGGUUGAGGUCGAGGUGUUCUGUCCCAAGAAGCUACAACGUGCCCUCACCAUCACCGAUGCAGAGAUUGAGAACGAGGAAGCAGAGAUUGGACUCGAUAUUGGAAUGAGCUACUUGCAACUCGAUGAGGAAACGUCAGUUUGGGAGAUUGAGAGACCGAAAUCAUAUACAUACAACUACCCAAUUAGGCAGCAAUAGCUGAGUAGCUGGGGAGAAGAAAGCUUGCGGCUUGGCAGUUAAUACACACAUGUUAAGCCACACAAGUACAAUCCAGCUAUCCUACUGAAUGAUGGAGGUGGAAUUACAGUGCUUGUGCCUCCUGGGUUGUUUGAUUUGCGAUCGAAUGAUCAUGAUGCACCUGAGAUGCAACGAAAAGCGAGCAGCGACGAUUGACUCAAGUUCUGUUUCGCACUGAUCAAACGAUUGAGGAAGCAUAAACACAUGCUUCAGCCUACUGAUUUAACAGCCGUACCACGAGUAAUGCGUUACUGGUUCAUUUGUUUCUUCACAGUUGUAUAUUGGGUUAUUUGUUGCAGUUAUGUGAAAGGCUUCUUUUUACAUUUUGACCCCCCCUAGUUGUGGUUUUUUCUCCUUACAUCUAGGUGAAAGUAUGUACAGAAUGUGGGUAGAUAGUAAAUUUUGGUGAAUAGAAGAGCAAGGAAGGCCUUUGUGACUGUUCUUCCACGGGACGGGUACACGUGUAUAUGUGUUUUCUUUUAACUAGUGUUUCCUUUAUUGGAUUAUAUUAUUUUUUUCUCAAAAUUCGUGAUCUAUAGUCUUCAAAAUAGAAA